AGGCUCCGAGGACGGGGUGUAAGCGACAUCAGACGUACAUCGUUUGUUGCCUCUCAAGAGGAAACAGGGAGUGGAUAAAUACACGACAGGGUUUUUGUUUGUCACGGUGGCAGCAUCGAAACGGAAUCUCUCGAGUGGUACCUUCCUGUAACCUUUAUGUGAGGUCUAAGCCUUAAAGGAGCGGGUCAUAGACGGGAGGAGAGACUCGGAGAGAAGCAUCUGGCCACAGAAGCCUGGAUAAGUGUUUUUAUUUUUUAUUCAGUCCCUGCGAGACAACUGCAAGCAGUUUUCCAGCACGCAACAACAACCAUGGAGGCCAUUGCCAAAUACGAUUUCAAAGCUACUGCUGAUGAUGAGCUUAGUUUCAAGCGUGGCGACAUCCUCAAGGUAUUAAAUGAAGAGUGUGAUCAGAACUGGUACAAGGCAGAGCUAAAUGGAAAAGACGGCUUCAUCCCCAAGAAUUACAUAGAGAUGAAAGCCCAUCCGUGGUUCUUUGGGAAGAUUCCCCGGGCUAAAGCAGAGGAGAUGCUAAACAAACAGAGGCACGAUGGGGCCUUCCUCAUCAGAGAGAGCGAGAGUGCACCAGGAGACUUCUCCCUCUCUGUGAAGUAUGGCAACGACGUCCAACACUUCAAGGUUCUUCGUGACGGGGCUGGAAAGUAUUUCCUAUGGGUGGUGAAGUUUAACUCCCUCAACGAGCUGGUAGACUACCACCGCUCCACCUCAGUCUCUCGCAAUCAGCAAAUCUUUCUGCGAGACAUAGAGCAGGUCACCCAGCAUCCCACGUACGUGCAGGCGCUCUUUGACUUUGACCCCCAGGAAGAAGGAGAGCUGGGUUUCCGACGUGGCGACUUCAUCCAAGUCCUGGACAACUCUGACCCCAACUGGUGGAAAGGGGGCUGCCACGGCCAGACGGGCAUGUUCCCCCGCAACUAUGUCACGCCUGUCAAUCGGAACAUGUAAACAGUCAGAACCAUGUAUACAACAACAACAACAACAACAACAACCACCACAACAGCAACCAUCACCAUCAUCAUCAUUAUUGUUCUUGAUCUCAUCAGCCCCCAUCCAACCCCCCAACCACCCCUCCACCCCUCUUCGCCAUCUCACGAUAACAGGAGCAGACAGGAAGAAGGCAAACAACCGAAAGAGAGAGAGAGAGAGAGAUAAAGCAGGAGUAGUGCUGUCGUAGGCGUCGCUGUGUGGGUGGCAGCUGAGCAAAAUCAACUUUUACUUGUGCUGAGAGUGUUCACCUCCCCAGUGAACGCCUCGGUGAGGACCGAACUGUCUUUGAGGGAAAUCUAAAUGCAGAGAAACUAAAGAAUAGUACACCAACCGUGACGAUAACCAAAUGAUUCUACCGCUCCCACAGCUGCUUCUGUCUUCUCCUUAACUUCUUAACAUUCUGCCUUUCUUUUGUGUUGGUUUGUUUUUGUUUGUUUUGGUUUUUUUUUUCCUUGUUUUUUUUUUUUUGCCGCAUGUUGUUUUAAUCACCUAAAUGAAAUGCCUACCGAUAAAUCCUAACUCUGUUUUAAAGAAAAAAAAAAACAUUAAAACUAUAAAAAAGAAGAAAUGGUUUUAAAAAUGUACAAAAAAGAAGAGAGAGAG